CCGUCCGGCAAUAAGAGAGGGAGCCGAGCGCUGGUUCGAGGGGGAGAGAGAGAGAGAGACAGAGAGACAGAGAGUGAUUGAUUGAGAGGAGGGAGAGAGAAAGAGUGAGGGAUGUUGGUGCUGAAGUGUUCAUGCAACGCAACAGAACCUCUUCAAGCUCUAACCCAAUGCCGCCUGCUCGGAGCUUCGAAGCCUCUCCCUCGCCGUCGAAUCGCCGUCGCUUCUCUCUCCUCCGCCUCGUCGGGGAAUCGGGCUCCGGUUCUUUCCAUUUCCGACCACGGCGGAACCGGGUCUACUGCGGAUCCGAACUUGCAGGUGGGAGGGUUUGGCUCUGCGAGCUGGGCGGACCGGCUUCGGACGGGGAAUUUGACGGAAGGCGGGUUUUCUUACAAGGAGUGUUUCAUUGUGAGGUGCUACGAGGUUGGAAUUAACAAGACGGCCACGGUUGAGACCAUUGCUAAUCUUUUGCAGGAGGUUGGAUGUAACCAUGCUCAGAGUGUUGGAUUUUCAACAGAUGGGUUUGCAACAACGCUCACCAUGAGAAAAUUGCACCUCAUAUGGGUGACUGCUCGCAUGCAUAUUGAAGUCUACAAAUACCCAGCUUGGAGUGAUGUAGUUGAAAUAGAGACAUGGUGCCAAAGUGAAGGAAGAAUUGGUACUAGACGUGAUUGGAUUCUUAGGGACUAUGCUACUGGUCAAGUCAUCGGGAGAGCGACAAGCAAGUGGGUUAUGAUGAACCAGGAUACUAGACGACUUCAAAAAGUUAGUGAUGACGUUCGUGAAGAAUAUCUAAUUUAUUGUCCACGAGAACCAAGAUUAGCAUUUCCAGAGGAUAACUCCAGCAGCCUGAAGAAAAUCUCGAAACUUGAAGAUCCUGCUGAGUAUUCUCGGCCAGGACUUGUGCCUAGGAGAGCUGAUCUUGACAUGAAUCAGCAUGUAAACAAUGUCACGUAUAUUGGAUGGGUGUUGGAGAGUAUUCCUCAAGAAAUCAUUGACACCCACGAAUUGCAAACUAUCACCUUGGAUUAUAGAAGAGAAUGUCAACAUAAUGAUGUAGUAGAUUCCCUUACAAGUCCAGAGCCAAUCGAGGAUAUAGAGGCUGCUGAGCUUGAAGGAACAAACGGGUCUGCCCCGACUAGAAUUGGUGAAUUAGAUUGUCGUCAGUUUCUGCACUUAUUGAGAUUAUCCAGAGACGGGCUUGAAAUAAACAGGGGCCGCACUGAGUGGAGGAAGAAAGCAGCAAGAUAAGGCAGACUAGUUGCUGGGACUAGUGGGUGAAAGUUUGCGCCCCCAUUUUGUUUCUUCUGCCCCUCCCCAUUUUUUGUUUCUUUUGUUUCGCAAGGGAUCUUGCUCUUGAUUUGUUUUAUUGUUAGAAGAUAGAUUGUCAAUUUCUUCUUGUUUUGUGUGUAGGGGAAUGUGAUUUGAGAAAAUAUGUGAGAUGAAAAAAACCACUUCCAAUUAGAAUAAGACGAAUUUUCUGUUUCAUUAA